UUACUUGAACACGCACGGAAGUGGUGAUAAGAACGGAGAGAAGAGGAUGGAGGAUGCGCCAUUGCUACGAGAAGUAGAGGCGGGGCCGGGGAGGAAGAGAGGAAUAUGGUCAAGAUGGGAUGCGUUCUGGGAGGAGCUAAAGAAGGUGAGCUGCAUAGCACUGCCCAUGGUGGUCGUCACAAUUUCCCAGCAACUCGUGACCACGAUAGGGAUGAUGAUGGUCGGCCACCUCGGCGAACUCUCACUCUCCGGCGCCGCCAUCGCCACUUCUCUCACCAACGUCACCGGUUUCAGUCUCCUUUUUGGAAUGUCUAGUGCACUGGAGACUUUGUGUGGCCAAGCAUAUGGAGCUCUGCAAUACAAGAAGCUAGGCGUCUACACAAUUGGAGCUAUAAUACCUCUCAUUGUGGCCUGCAUACCAAUAUCUAUUCUAUGGGUUUUCAUGGAUAAACUUCUGAUGUUAAUAGGCCAAGAUCCGCUGAUUUCAGUUGAAGCCAAAAAAUAUUCGACUUGGCUCAUUCCUGCCCUGUUUCCAUAUGCAAUUCUUCAACCACUCGUUCGUUACCUGCAAGCACAAAGCUUGAUCCUUCCUAUGCUCUUAAGCUCAGUUGUGUCUCUAUGCUUUCAUGUGCCUGUCUGUUGGGCAUUUGUGUUCAAGUUUAACUUAGGCAGCAGUGGAGCAGCAAUGGCAAUUGCUUUGUCGUACUGGCUCAAUGUCAUCCUCCUCGGUGUUUAUGUGCGUUGUUCUUCCUCCUGCAAUGAUACUCGCAUCAGUUUCUCGAAAGAAAUUUAUUCGUGUAUAGGGGAGUUUGUGCGCUUGGCUAUCCCCUCUGCAGGCAUGAUUUGUCUUGAAUGGUGGACGUAUGAGAUAGUUAUAUUGCUUUCUGGACUUUUGCCUAAUCCCCAACUUGAGGCUUCAGUUCUCUCAAUAUGCCUUUUGAUUGCUUCAUCCCACUACUUCAUCCCGUUUUCCAUUGGUGCUGGGGCAAGCACUCGAGUCUCGAAUGAACUCGGGGCAGGAAACUCAGAGGCAGCGCGAAUUGCUGUUUUGGCAGUGCUCGUACUCACACUCUCGGAGGCAGUACUCGCGAACACAGCUCUACUUUGCUCCAGCCGGGUUCUGGGAUUCGCGUUCAGCAACGAGAAGGAAGUUGUGGAUUACAUAAGAGGAAUGGUUCCUUUUGUCUGUCUGUUGGUCUUGACAGAUUGCAUCCAGGGAGUACUCUCUGGAGUCGUGAGAGGGAACGGGAGGCAGCGUUCUGGAGCAUACAUCAAUCUGGGAUCAUUCUAUUUGGUGGGAUUGCCAGUGGCAAUAAUUCUCGGUUUUGUUGCUCACUUGAAUGGGAAGGGGCUCUGGAUCGGACUAAAUGCAGGCGCUACGGUGCAAUCUUUACUGCUUGCACUUAUAACUUGGUUCACUGAUUGGCAAAAACAGGCAGCAAGAGCUAGGGUAAGGAUCUUUCAUGGAAAUUGAAAUUCUAAAAGCGUUUUCAAGCUUCCAUUUAAGGUGGCGUUUAGUUAGACACUUUUAUACCCUAAUGUCAUAUUUGAUAUGAUUCCAAUUACCAAUUUUGUUUGUUACGGAGUAUUAUUUUACCACAAUCAGAUUCAAUGUGAAAUUUUAAAUUCCUAUUUAAUACUGCACAAGAGAAGUAUUGGGCA